AUGCCGGGCAAGUACGAGAGGCUCGAUGGCCUGAACAGCGAUGAUGAGGUCGAGGAUCGACCGUUUACUCCUGACGAAUUGAGCUUACUCCGGAGAGUGAAAAGCUGCGGGACGGUCUUUCUAAUAAUCUUACUCUCGCUGUCGUUGGCGCUGAAUAUCUGGGCUCUCUUCCUGCAGACACAACCACGCCCCGAUGGGGAGAAGGAAAGCCUCUGCAGUGCACUUGAGCAACAACGCUCUCCCUACACCGGCCUCGCCUUCGACACGCCGAUUGAAUACGCCCUCUCCACGAACUACACGAGCGACAACGAGAGCCUCGCAGACGGCGCGUGGGAUAGCCUAAGUCUCGACUCAAUGGUGAUCGCGCCGACGAUCACCUGGGCACAGGAGAAAGGUCUCCCGGAUUCGUGGCCGUUUCCCUGGGACGCGAACCGCCGGAUCUACUUCGUCAAGGUCUAUCAUCAGCUUCAUUGUCUGAAGAAUAUACGCAGAGCGUUCAAGCAGCUUUUAUCCCACGAUGCAAAUGCAAUCCCCUUCAGCCACGUCGAGCACUGUCUCGACACUCUUCGACAGGAUCUCAUGUGCCGAGCGGACGACACGCCUAUGCCUUCGCUGAGGCUGGUCAAUGGGGCUGGGGAAGGUCAGAUCCGGCAGUGUAAGGAUUUUGAGAAGUUAGUUGCUUGGACGAAGCAUCCGGAUCGGGAUGCGUGCUAUAGGCGGUUGAGUGAUUCGAGGCCUCCGUUGAGGAGUAUUGAUCGGUAUGCUUUUUGUGGGGCCCAGAGUCAGCAUUUUGAAGCUAUGAAUAGGUAUUUUGAGGUGUUUGGGUUUCCUGAAGUUGCGGACGAGGGAUGA